AAGUUCGUUGAGAACCAGCCCCUGAGAUUGGUGGGUCUGCCGGAGCCACGCCGCACGUCGCUCGGCAGCCCGCGGAUUGGCGGGAGGAGCCACUCCCCACCCCUCCGCCUCCUGCUCCGCAGCCGUGGAAGACGCUCUGGUUGUUAGGACGACUCGUCCCGCCUUCUGGGGGCUUUUUUUCGGUUCUGUGAUUGGCUGCCAGUAGCGAGGAAUCCCGGCGUGGACAGCGCGAGGGGAAAGAUGGCGGCAAUGGCGGUCGGAGCUGCCGGUGGGAGCCGCGUGUCCAGCGGGAGGGACCUCAAUUGCGUCCCUGAAAUAGCUGACACGUUGGGGGCUGUGGCCAAGCAGGGGUUUGAUUUCCUCUGCAUGCCUGUCUUCCACCCGCGUUUCAAGAGGGAGUUCACUCAGGAACCUGCUAAGAAUCGGCCGGGCCCCCAGACACGAUCAGACCUACUGCUGUCAGGAAGGGACUGGAAUACGCUAAUUGUGGGAAAGCUUUCUCCAUGGAUUCAUCCAGACUCAAAAGUGGAGAAGAUUCGCAGGAACUCAGAGGCGGCCAUGUUACAGGAGCUGAAUUUUGGGGCAUAUUUGGGUCUUCCAGCUUUCCUGCUGCCCCUAAAUCAGGAAGAUAACACAAACCUGGCCAGAGUUUUGACCAACCACAUCCACACUGGCCACCACUCCUCCAUGUUCUGGAUGCGGGUACCCUUGGUGGCACCAGAGGACCUGAGAGAUGAUAUAAUUGAGAAUGCACCCACUACACACACGGAGGAGUAUAGUGGAGAGGAGAAGACAUGGAUGUGGUGGCACAACUUCCGGACCUUGUGUGACUAUAGUAAGAGGAUUGCAGUGGCUCUUGAAAUUGGGGCUGACCUCCCGUCUAAUCAUGUCAUCGAUCGUUGGCUUGGGGAGCCCAUCAAAGCAGCCAUUCUCCCCACCAGCAUUUUCCUGACCAAUAAGAAGGGAUUUCCUGUUCUUUCUAAGAUGCACCAGAGGCUGAUCUUCCGGCUCCUUAAGUUGGAGGUGCAGUUCAUCAUCACAGGCACCAACCACCACUCAGAGAAGGAGUUCUGCUCCUACCUCCAGUACUUGGAAUACUUGAGCCAGAACCGCCCUCCACCCAAUGCCUACGAACUGUUUGCCAAGGGCUAUGAAGACUAUCUGCAGUCCCCGCUCCAGCCACUGAUGGACAAUCUGGAAUCUCAGACAUAUGAAGUGUUUGAAAAGGACCCCAUCAAAUACUCUCAAUACCAGCAGGCCAUCUAUAAAUGUCUGUUAGACCGAGUGCCAGACGAAGAAAAGGAUACCAAUGUCCAGGUGCUAAUGGUGCUGGGAGCAGGCCGGGGACCCCUGGUGAAUGCUUCCCUACGGGCAGCCAAGCAGGCUGACCGGCGGAUAAAGCUGUAUGCUGUGGAGAAGAACCCAAACGCUGUGGUCACGCUAGAGAACUGGCAGUUUGAAGAAUGGGGAAGCCAGGUGACAGUAGUCUCAUCGGACAUGCGGGAAUGGGUGGCUCCAGAGAAAGCAGACAUCAUUGUCAGUGAGCUUCUGGGCUCCUUCGCUGACAAUGAACUGUCACCUGAGUGCCUGGAUGGAGCCCAGCACUUCCUAAAAGAUGACGGUGUAAGCAUCCCUGGGGAGUACACCUCCUUUCUGGCUCCUAUCUCUUCCUCCAAGCUGUACAAUGAGGUCCGAGCCUGUCGGGAAAAGGACCGUGACCCUGAGGCCCAGUUUGAGAUGCCUUAUGUGGUACGGCUGCACAACUUCCACCAGCUGUCUGCACCCCAGCCCUGUUUUACCUUCAGCCAUCCCAACAGAGAUCCUAUGAUUGACAACAAUCGCUACUGCACCUUGGAGUUUCCUGUGGAGGUGAACACAGUGCUGCAUGGCUUUGCAGGCUACUUUGAGACUGUGCUUUAUCAGGAUAUCACUCUGAGUAUCCGUCCAGAGACUCACUCUCCUGGGAUGUUCUCAUGGUUUCCCAUCCUCUUCCCCAUUAAGCAGCCCAUUACGGUACGUGAAGGCCAGACCAUCUGUGUGCGUUUCUGGCGAUGCAGCACUUCCAAGAAGGUGUGGUAUGAGUGGGCUGUGACAGCACCAGUCUGUUCUGCUAUUCACAACCCCACAGGCCGCUCAUACACCAUUGGCCUCUAGCCUGGCCUGCAAGUGUCCAGAGCCUUGGAAGCAGCUUCAGGUUCUGCUCCUAUAGCACAGAAGGUGCAGUACAUCCGUGGGCUGUGAUUCCCCUUGCCCAUCAGAGAGGAGCAUUUCAGUCUGCUUUUCUACCUUACGUCAAGGUGGGCAAAGGAUGAGAAUCAAUUGCAGGGCUCAAGCCACCAAUCUAUGAAGACUUCAGGCCAGGGUGUGAGGAAUUAGUGCUGGAUCUGAAGCUACUCUGACAGGCACUCAGCCUCAGGCACUUCCUGGAAUAGCCCUGAGAACGUGUGGAUUGAAAAAAUUUUCAGCCCUUUCCCUGCCCAUCUCUGUUCCUGUUUUGAUGGUUUUGUGUGGGGGGAAAUACAAAUAAAGUGAAGUUAUGGCCUUUCCUGCUCCCACCCUGCUGCCCCCUG